AUGAAAUCAUUUGCGUCAUUAUGUUCGAAUCCACUCGUCUUCGAACCAAUUGGGAGUAUGAACAGUGUAUUUUAUGAUCCUGCUAAUUGCCAGGCGCGUUGUUUUUUACCAUUUAUCCAAAAGUGUUUACUCUCAGAGCUAGAGGUGCCAUGGGAGUCAAUGUUAAGUCUACAAGGUCUCCACAAACCUCUAACUUUCGGUUGGUUUUGGUUGCUUAAUCCUUUUACUAUUCCUUGCAGAAUCGAUGACAAGGGAGAAGUCCUAUCAAUUAAAUUUGAUCCACAUUGUUCCAUAUUGAGCCUACAAAGGAAGCGUAAUUCCGUCGAGUUCAUAAACUUUUCAAAUGGCAGACCUGAAGACUUAGCAUAUUCACGAAAUUCCAAGAAAUCGGCUUCCAUCAUUAUAGGUUUUGUUUGGUCAGGUGAUUCUGAGAUUAUUUUUGUGACCAACGAGGGUUUUGAGCUCUAUCAAGUCAACCGCGAGCUCCGAACCACGAAGGCUCUCAAACAGGGAUUUGUCCAGACAAAUUGGUACAAUUGGGACCCUUUAACUAAGACCCUUCUCCUGUCAACUGGUGAACUUGGAAAUCGACUGUAUGUCACAUGUUUUGAAAAUGGAACGGUUACAAAAUUACCAAGCUUCGAGGUUCCUGAAGAUGAAGUCCUUCCUCUCAAUCAUGGACCUUCCUCCAAUACUUCAGGAGAAACAAAGAAACUUCAGCAGAAAGACUGUCUGCUUGCCAACUUGUAA